AUAUAUUUUUAUUUUCUUAUUUAACGAAAGACCGAGCAUUUUUCAGCUGGUUUGGAUUACCUGAAGGCUUUAAACAAUCAACGUGAGAACUCUAGAAACAGAAUGCAUUUGUUUAGAAAACUUCCUGCACAUUUCUUAGGAUUUGUAUUUUUGAUUUUAUGCGGGUGGUUUACAAACUAGCUCUUAAACUUGGUAAAUAGCCGCGUAGCUGGAUAACGAACCGUCUCGGCUGACCGCUAUUUUAUGUAUUUAGUCAUUAUUGUGUUUUUAAAACGAUAAUGUGAUGUAAAGAGUUGGGGGAAAGUUUUCUAAACUUCUAACGUUACUCCACAAGCUCUUUAAACCUGUCGGAGCUAACUGUUAACUUUUAGCAAAACGGCUAACUAGUUGACUGAGUUUUCUGCCCCGCGUCGAGGGUUCGAGCAUUUCAACUUCGGACAGAAUGCAACUGAUGGGUAAAAAACUGAAAUAAUUCUUGGUCACUUGUCAGGCGGCUCUGAAUUGGACCAAGCGCUUUUAUUAUUUGCGUGCGGCCUGCUGGUCAGGCUUUCGCCGCCUUAAAUUUGGAGCAGACGCCGCAGUGGAGCACGUUCUGUCCGGCCGCCUGUUCAACUCACACCCGCCAGCUGAGCAGCCAUGGAGAGAAUGGAGGUGGACCAGUGCGCAGGCGCAGCUGGAGGAAACGGGGGCGGAGCUUUACGGCGGUCCAACAGCGCCCCCAUGAUCACUAAUGUCAGUGACGGAAUGACCGUGUUCAGCUCUAACACCUCGGCUCGGUAUCGACGAAGCAGUAUGUCUGUAAACCCAAGACCAGAUCACAGACGGCAGAUGGACAAUAUGGAGCUUGCGCUUAGAGGAAGUUUUCAGAGACUAAGUGCCUCCACCCCCCUACCUCCUGGAAGUCACUGGCAUGAACAUCUAUCACAAGGUUUUCAUUCCCAGGACUCUGGAGUCACGCCCAAUUCUUCCCCCAGUCCUACAAGAAGAUUCCGAGGGGGCUCUGUGAGUUCUCCUGUGAGAUGGCCAGUAGCUGCACCUCUAAAAAGAAAAGGUGGUGUGGAAUCAGAUGGUCCACCUAAAAAGCUCUUUGUUGCUGGAGUUACAGAUCCUGCCCAUAUACCUAGUUGUACUGUCAGUGUUUCCCAGUCAGUGGACUCACCAUCUGGAGCUGUACCUGUCUGUUCAAGCCCUCAGACCAUCCCACUGUCUCUGUCUCCUCCCUCACUAUUCACUUCUCAGCAUCCCAGCAUCUAGAGCAACACAGCAGAGCCUUUACUCUGACCUGUCCAUCAAGUAAGGAGGACACAUUUUCUGUCCUUAUGCCUAUCAAACCUUCUGAACUCUUGAUUAAUACAGUAGUCCUAUUCUGAGAUCUGAUCUCCGUCUCAUUUACUUGGUGCUCCCAUGGAAUGUAUUCAGUUCCAUGAGAUUUGAAGAAAACUUUAUCAAGAAGACUUUUUGACUGAAGGAAGUGAACCGAAGAUAAAUGAUUAAGAUGUGUUAAUGCCAGAUAAGGCAUGGUGCUGCCCAGGAUCAUCUGACUUGUUAAUAGUUUAUUUGCACUGGGGCAAGGGUCUCCUUGCAAGUGUGUAACAGAAAUAGAAUUCCCACAAUUCUAGCUGACAUGUUUUGUCCUUCUUUGCUCGACUUCUAAGCAAGGCCAGAACAGCUUUUUUAACAUCUGCAACCUGGUCAAGUCUUCCGAAAUGUAAUAAUUCAUAUUUUCAAUACGAAGUGUUAAAUAGCUACAAAAAUACUGGGGUUCUUAAGGUCACAUCUAGGGUUAUACACAGAAAACAGACAUAUAUUGACCUUGCACCUUGGCGUACAUUCUAGAAGGCUCUGGAAGUGAAGUGGUGGGAUGAACCCCCUCAGGUUUGAUGACUCUGGUGGAGAGUGCUGUCCGACAAACACAUCUGAGCAAAAGCUCCCAUAGGCUUUAAGCUGAAUUGGGAUUUGGUGGCUGUGCACGCAUUUAUCAUUCUGCUUGUCAUCAAACCAUUUUUUAACCCUUGUAAUUGGGCCAUUGUCAUGCCAAAAGAAAACACUUCCCCUUUCAGAAUGGAAAUGUUCCAUUGUGUUGGUGAUGAAUCAAAACCAUUAUAGUGAUUUACACCUACCGAUCAUUUGCAAGGGUGUCCAAUAUUAUCCAUGAUUAUAUUAUAUAAUAUAAUCCUUCUUUUUCUUUUAACCCAUGUGAAUAAAGGACAAACUACACGCACACUAGAUGACUGUGUACAUAAUUAUGACAAAAAUAGCAAUUAAUGCAUAAAGUGUUAGACAUUAUACUUAAUAGUUAAUAUUAUUUUAUGAGUGGGAUCAUUGCUAUGCUUUGCUUGUUUGGUUGGUUUACCCAAGUGCAUAAGUAAGAAUGUACUGACAAGUGGAUGUACAGUAUUGCUGAUUGCAGACAAAUGCUUUAAUGACUUUAAGCAUGACUAGGACUGUGGUAGAAAAUGCACAGCACAUACAGUGCAGGAACAAAGUCCACAAUAUUAGGUACCCCUGUCUGGGGUAGAGUAAAAAUACUUAGCUUUUUUUGUGUAAAGCAUUAAUAAAAGACCUAACCUGUUUGACUAAAUGCAUAUAGACACAAUGUCCACAAUCGGUUGUACAAUCAAAAUAGAUAUAGGCUUAAUGGCACCAAUUUGGGGAAUGAUCUUUCUUGUUUUAGCUUACUGAUACAUGGUUUGAUGAGUUUGGUGUGAAGAAACUUCAGUGACCUGCACAAAACCUUGACCUGACCACGCUGUGGUUUUUUAAUAGAAAAUCCAACAGGUCCAUGGGCAGAUGUCCAAAUACUGUUGAGUAUUGAGAGGGUAAAAAAGCCCCAAAAGCUUAUGCCAUAUAUGUUUUAAAUACAUUUACAUACACCAGCUCACUUCUGCUGAGAGCUUGAACUCUCAAGUUUAAUUUUCAAAUGUGCUUUUAACCUGGCUGGGUGACCAAAAGGCACAACUGACCCUCGACAGGUUUUCCCAGUAUUCGUACAGCAAUGUCCAUUCUGCUGAGUGGUGGGUGAUUCACAGGGUUGCAAGGCAUGACUCUCUGUAUGCAAUAUGGCGAUCUACCUUGACCUGCCAGUUGCAGACUCUCACAAUCAGAAAUUGGAAAAGACUUGGAGUAGAAGAAAUAGACAAAUAUAAUUUAAAUCAGACACAAUCUGUUGUUUUACUUGAUAGUGGGAGUAAAAAGUCGGCUUUGUGCACUUGUUCCUGCACUAAACAUGUGAAUUUUAGUCAGAAAUACUGGCUCGUGUUACAUUUCAGACUUCCUAGAAGCUAAAUUGUGCCCUUACACUUUAACUCAAGGUCCAUUGCUGUAAGGAACUUGAUUUUUGUCAUAGGCUUUUCCACAUAAUUAAGCUUUAUUGCUGGUACAAUGAAAUGCCUUGUUAAGUAAUUCCAAAGAUACUUGCACAUAUUGUCACUUAAAGUUUCCAGUUGUAUGUGUAUAUGCUUAAAGAAUAAAACCAAUGAAUAUCCAUGCUGGGUCUUCAGAAUGAAAGUGCAAUAUAGAUUUAAAUACAUUACAGAACAGGACUCUGAAGACUCUAAUUCGUUUAAAACAUUCUGUGGCUUCUGUCAUUUUCUUCAUAUAUAGCUUCGAUCAGUUGAAUGAAAAUGUUAUUUAUGGAAUUUAGAAAUACAAACCCCCAUUUCCUGGUAACAGUGGGACAUUUUGUGAAAUGCAAAAAAAUGACAGUGAUUUGAUGAUUUUCUUAAACUUUUUGUGCCAUUUAACUGACAAAAGCACAAAGAGAAGAUCUCCAAUGUGUUCACUGACCAACUUAAUUGUAUUUUGUAAAUAAAAACAGAAGAGGUUGAUUAAAUAUUGACACCACAUCAUUUGAAAGUAUUUCACAAUAAUGAGGUGAAUUGGUAACAGGUGAGGGAAUCAUGAUUGGGUAUAAAAGGAGGAUCCACCAGAGGAUCGGUCCUUGCAAGCAAAGAUGUGUCGCGGCUCAUCACAGAACUGUCAAGCUCAACAAGACUUGCAAAAUACAAUUCAAUUGCUCAGUGAAAUUAUUGUAAAUCUUUGUACUUUGGUCAAAUAAAUAAAACUUCUCGUUUUUUUGCAUUGCAAAAAACAUCCCAACGUUACCAGAAGUGCUUUGUAGUUUAGUUUAGAAUAUGUUCUCCAGCGAUCUUAAGUAAACUAUGUUUAAGUAUCACUUGAAAAAAAAAACAAUUCUGUUUAUAUUUUCUUUAAAUGUGUAGAUUUUAUUAUUGUUCUUUAUUUUUGUCACUUCAGUGGGAAAAGUCGCUCUGAUUUACAUCCUAUCCAAUUCUUUAAAAAGGGUGAAGGAAAAGUGUUAAAAAUUUAUCAGUAACUGUUACAAAACCAACAUCAUCAAGGCCAGAAUCUAUAUUGAUUCCUCUGUAAAAUGACGUACAACAGCUCUUGCCUCUUGUUGAGAUGUAAAUAUACUUUAGCUGCCAUAAAGAAAUAAGGAAGAUGUAUUUUUCUGAGACUGAAUAAAACAGAGGUAAUAAAUAUUCAUUCCCUUUGAGUAUUGCAUACUGUAUCAUGACAUUUUUCAUUUCUUACAGAUUAAGUGUUGUAGCCUUUGAAUUUGUAUUUUACAUUGUAUAUAUUCAAGAAAAUAAAAUACUGUAUAGACAA